UAAGAACAGCCUUGUGUGUCUUUACCGUAGACAAGAUAGACGUUUUCUUUAGAUAACCUGUGAUACGAAAAAAAACUGUCAAAAACUUUCAUUUCAAUUUCAAAAUAAACAAACAUCAGAAGUUGAUAAACUGUAAAUAAAAUCAAUUUUUCUUUGAGAGUUUCAAAAACAUAGGAGGUUAAAUGUAUUAUAAUGGCUCUAUUGCCGAAUGAGGAAUAUCUUAACGUAGUAAUAUUGCAAGAAAUACCAGAUUCCAUCGAUAACUCAGUCCCGGUAUUGCGCUUGGUCAACAGUUUACAGUUGCAGAAUUUGGACGGGAAGCUUUUGUUACCAUUGAACCAGACACAAAUCGCGGAGGGGCCUAGUCAAGCUAGCCAAAUACUUACUGAUUCAUAUCAAUUGCUGAGUAGAAAUGAUGAUGAUGAUAUCCAGUUAAAUGACAACAAUAUCAUAAUAUCUGCAUCUCCAGCAAAUAUCCAGCCAUCAUUACCAUUAAUUCCGGCUUACAAUAAUUUUGAAAGUCAAACUAAAAAACUGAAUUUUUCUCAUGAAGUGAAGGAUAGUCAUAAUCAGGUAUCAUCAACAACUGAAACAAUCAAACAACCUUCCAAUGCUAAUAAAGUUAAACUCAGUGAAACAAAAAGACAUAACAAGAAAUAUUUUAAGAUUGUGCCUAUUCAUGAUAAAAUAGUGCCUCCCAGGGCAUUAGCAGUGUUGCCAACAGUUCUUCAAUGUCGGAGGGAUUCAAUAUUCCCACGACGGGCUCUGCCGUCGAAUGUACGCUUUGGACCCGUACAAGGUAUUCCUACAAGGUGUUUAUCACAUGAAGUAUCAGAAUUAGUUGCGCAAGCAGCCUCAAUGAAUAAGCCUGUAUUUUUUAUUACAAAUGAAGAUAAAAGUGUCACAUAUUUAGAUGUGACAGAUAAAGAUAAAUCAAACUGGAUCGGCCUUCUGCCACUAGGGGACUCCACUUCAGCCAAUGUUUGGCUCAACGAAGCGGACGGUCAGUUGUUUGCGUUCACCUCACAAAUGCUGCAACCGCGUACGCCGCUCAUACUGGGGUACAGCCAGGAAUACGCCCAGCGGUACGGGAUAUACCAUGGACCUGUGGCUGAUCUGAAUCAUGUGGUUCCGGAGAGUAGCGGCGAGUGGUGGUGCUACGACUGCGCGCGCGAGCUGCCCUCGCUGAUCCAGUUGGAACUGCACAUGAGCAAGUGUCACGGGGACGAUAAAUGCAGAACAAGUCGUUAUAAAUGUCGAUACUGCACUCGAAGAUUUGCAAGAUUGUUUAGCUUGAAAAGACACUUAGCGAAGACCUGCAUUAAAAAGUCUAAAAGAGAACGAUCAAACGAAGAAGAAGCGAAACAAAAUGGCCGCCCAAAUUCACAACAAAAUGGCGACCAGUCUUUGACACAAAAUGUGUCUGAAGAGAGCCACCGCAUUCCCUCGGAUGAGAGUUUACAAAACUACACAAACAUUCUAGAUAUAUCGACCAACUUGUUUGAUUCUGACCGAAUAUCCAAUCUAGAUAUAUCUUUAAACAAAUCGGAAGCUGAAUUUAAUCCUUGUAACCUCAAUGAUAUUCGGCUUACGAAUGAUUUUGAGUUCUCAAAAGUCUUGUUGGAUGGUUUGGGAAGCGCUGACAAAGGGGAAAUACCAACUAUUAAACAACAGGAGUAUCAGCCCCCAAGAUCGUCUUCACCAUUUACUUGUCCAUACUGUAAGAAGAGUAUGCCCAGAAGCAAAUUAAGACAACAUUCCAGGACAUGUGAGGCUCGUAGCUUCGAGUGUCAGUGCGGGGUUGUGUUCAGAAACGAGAAGAAGUUAGCUCUUCACAUAAAGCUUCGGCACACCAACUUGAAUGCAAGCGUACAGACCCAGGCUGCGACAGAUAGGGUGCCCGAUCAGGAUUUACAAGAGAAUCAGGUCGAAAGUAAAUCAAAUCCGGCGCAUACUGAGAGUAAUAAAGCAAAAAAUAUAAAAAGAAUCCCAUUUGAUAUUGACUACACAUGUGAACACUGCAACAUUAAAUUUAAGCGCCGCGGCAUGUACGCGAAUCACAUGCUCAAGCAACACGCGGAACACUCCACCGCGCCGCUGGUGGUACGCGACCGCCGGUACCCGUGCGCGGGCUGCCACAAGCUGUACCGGACAGCACACAAGCGCAAGCUGCACCAGCGGAAACACCACCCGGACCUAAAGAACGACGGCCAGAGUCUAGUAAUAGGAGGCAUCAGGACGGUGGCGGCCGCGCCGUGCAGCCACUGCCCGCGCCAGUACGCCACGCGAGCCAAGCUUCUGCAGCACAUCAGGCAAAGCCAUCCCAAUGCUACCACAGUGAGAGGAACUCCAACAGCACAAAUUCGUAAAACCCACAAGAAAAAACAGAAAAAAUACUAAAUACUCCAAUAGUGGCUAUGCAUGACUCCUUUACAACAAGACCAAAGGAGUUUUCUUAAAAAGUACAGGAUAUUAUAUUUACCUAUUAAAUUUAAAUAAAACUUAAUGCUGUAAGUAACAAGUAACAAUAAAAAAUGAUAGAAUCAA